CACGAUCGUCUCUCUCUUUUCUAUAGUCAGAUCAGGCUAGGGAACGAUUGGAGGAUCGUAUACCGGUCGAGUCGUGACAGUGGGGACAGGUGACGAGAGAAGUAUCGUGUAAAGUAGCGGGAUCUUACGGUUCGAUCUGUAAAUCCCUCCAUCACGUUUGACGAUUUGUUCGGUGAAAGUGAACGUUGUUCGGUUUCGGUCACACACAGUUCCCCCCCGCAGUAGUAACGUUCGAUUUCUUUUCUCGUGGUGUGAGCGCGAACCGUGUGCCGGCUUGUGUGUCACGUUUGCGUGUCCGUGUGCUGCUGUGUGCGUAGUGCUCGUUUCCCUCUGAGCAGAAGAAAACGACAUGAUGUUGGAACACGAAAACGACACUAGGGUGAGGUUAAGGAGGACGAAAAGCGUCACGAGGGCCGAGGAGAUUCAAAAGGCCGAGAUGAUGAUGCGCCAAUCACAGCCGGACAAGCCAUGUCAUCGUCCUAAAGAUAGUCUGUUCUCAUGGAGCUCCGGCUUCGACAACUUCACGGGAUUCGUCAACUGGGGCUUCCUGUUGUUGGGCAUCGGCGGAAUCCGAUUGCUCCUCGAAAAUUUCAUAAAGUACGGGCUCAGAGUGGAUCCGAGUCAAUGGAUUCUGUUCCUCAGCGGCAAAGUCGAGGGCAGCGAGGAGUACCCGUCGAUUCUGCUCGUCAUCUAUUCGAAUGUGCCAAUUGUGAUGUGUCUGCUGAUCGAGAAGGGACUAUCCGUGGAUAUCAUAGCUCACGGGCCAGGAAUGGUGUUCCACGUCGUAAACCUCAUCGUGAUGAUACUGAUACCGAUGGUGGUCAUCCAAGUGAAGGAUACCGGAUUCAGCCUGUUCGGCGGGGUGUACGUGUGUAUGUUGUACGCCGUCCUGUUCCUUAAGCUAUGGGCGUAUGUGCAAGUGAACAUGUGGUGUCGCAGGAGCAAUCAGAGAAAGGCAACGAAGCAGGGCAGAAUACGACGGCAGUCUCUGUCGUGCAACAAUCUGCAACUGGGUGUCGUCAACGACUCGGAGCAAAACGUAGACGGCACGGCCUUGGUGCAAUAUCCGGACAACUUGAGUCUCUCUGAUCUUUACUACUACGUCCUGGCGCCUACCCUCUGCUACGAACUGAAUUUCCCUCGAUCACAAAGAAUUCGCAAAAGAUUUCUGAUUAAACGAAUCAUUGAGGUGGUGGUCGGCUGCCAAGUGAUGAUGUCGCUGUUCCAACAAUGGAUGAUCCCGUCGGUGAAGAACUCCCUGGUACCGUUCAGCAACAUGGACGUGGCGAAGGCCUCCGAGCGGUUGCUGAAACUAGCCAUACCAAAUCAUCUAAUCUGGCUCUGUUUCUUCUACCUGCUGUACCAUUCGGCCCUGAACAUGACCGGUGAACUGUUGUAUUUCGCCGAUCGGAAUUUCUACAACGACUGGUGGAACGCCCCUAACAUCGAGGUUUUCUGGAGAACGUGGAACGUGCCUGUGCAUCGAUGGGCCCUGCGACACCUGUACAUACCGGCCAUCGAGAUGGGAUACAGCAAAUCGGUAGCCUCGGCCACCGUGUUCUUCAUUAGCGCCUUCUUUCACGAGUAUCUGGUCAGCGUGCCGUUGAAGACCUUCAGGACGUGGGCGUUCAUGGGAAUGAUGGCUCAGAUACCAUUAUCAAUGAUAAGUAAGGCUGUGGAGAAGCAUUGUGGCGCCAGAUGGGGCAAUAUCCUGGUGUGGGCGAGUCUCAUUAUCGGACAACCACUUUGCAUAAUGAUGUAUUAUCACGAUUACGUGAUGACUCACUUGGGCGAGAUACUGGCCGAGGAUUACGACGUGGUAUAG